AUGAAGGGGGCUUGUGCUCUCGUGCUUCUCUGGGCUGCUCUGCUCCUAAUCUCCGGUGGAAAUUGUGAACUUUGCUCACCUGUGAAGAAGGACGUUGACUUAUUCCUGAAUGGAACCACUGAUGAAUAUGUUAAUCAAGUGGCAAAAUACAAUAAUGAUCCAAAGGUAUUGGAAAAUGCCAGACGACUGAAGAACUGCAUUGACACAAAACUGACAGAAGAGGAUAAGAAGAAUGCUUUCAGUGCGCUGGCUAAAAUAUACCAGAGUCCUCUGUGUUAAUGGAGCCAUCACUGCCAGGAGCCCUAAGGAAGUCACUGAACGGAUCACUAAGUAGUCUUAGCAGCCUGCCAUGUCCAGGUGUCUGACUAGCAGAUUCCAGUAAUAAAAGCCUUGCAAUUCA